CGCGUCAGAACAAUCAUAUGAUCAAUUGAUAUCAGUUCUGUGUAUGUUUAACAUGAAUUAAAAACAUUUAUUGCUCUUUAUUUCUUUUAUUUAGUAGGGUUUGUUGCCCUGUGUGUAGCGUCAUUAUCGCUCUUUAUUGGUCAAUUUCCGAAAAACCUAGAAAAGUAGUAAAUUAGGUGAUAUAAAGCAUCUAUAAUGACAUCUAAACCCACAUGUCUCAUUGUGGCCAGUGCAGCAUCUGCAGGAGUAUCAGCUCCUUCAUUCCAUCAGUGUUUCAGUCUGUGCAGUUCAGUGUUUAACCUGCAAACAGCGACACCUGGAGGGAAGCCCAUUGAGUUUGUUGGCGUGGAUGAGAGCACAUCCCGAUGGGUACAAGAGUUCAGCAACAAACCGUACGCCAGCCCGGCCAAACUGGAGUCUAUUGAUGGUGCUCGGUACCAGGCGCUGUUAAUUCCUGACUGUCCGGGGGCCCUGAAUGAUCUCGCCCACAGCGGCUCCCUCGCCAGAAUCCUGUCACACUUCAUCGCGCAGCAGAAGCCCAUGUGUGCAGUGGGUCAGGGUGUCGCUGCACUUUGCUGUGCCACAGAGCAACAGAAAUGGAUAUUUCGUGGCUACAGCAUGACUGGGCCCUCAGUGUUUGAGCUGGUGCGUUCUCCAGAAUUUGCCAAUCUGCCACUGAUUGUGGAGGAUUUUGUUAAAGACAGCGGUGGAUCUUACACAGCAAGCAUCGAGGACGCUGUUCAUGUGGUUCUGGAUCGCCACCUAGUGACGGGGCAGAAUAUUCAAUCAACAACCGCGGCCGUCAAUAACCUCAUACUCCUGUGUAACAGCAGAUAAACACUUCACCUGUUCAGGUGUGCCAGAGGAAAUGAACAACGGACCACGUCACAAAAUGUGAGCCUUAAAGGGAUAGUUCACCCAAAAAUGAAAAUUCUAUCAUCAUUUAGUACUCGCCAUACUGGUUUGGAACAACAUGAGGGUGAGUAAAUGAUUAGAUAAUUUUCAUUUUUGAAUGAACUAUCCAUGUAAGUAUUACCAAACAUAUAAGAACAUUUAAAUUAUGCCAAGAGAACAGUCAGUAUGCACAUUCUUUAUUACUCCAAUUUUGUUUUCAUACACCAGAGUUUAAAAAAUAUAGCUCUUACAUUUUGUCUGAAGUGUAAGUUAUUUUAUGUCUGUAAAAUGUGAUUGUUGAAUUAUAAUGUGCUAAAAAAAAGGCACAAAAUGAAAGUACUUGCAUUUUUAAAUGUUUAAAAACCUUAAAUUGUGAUUCAUAGCUUUUAUUUCAAUGUACCGAGUGAUUUCCGCAGUGUUACGAUAUUUAAAAAAUACAAGCAGAGAUCGGACAGUUUAACACAGGAUAUGAUGUGUUUUUUUAACUGAUUAUGUAGAUCUACUGAUAUAAAAAAAAAAAGGCCAGGC